AUGGCGGAGACUGCAGUAGGCUUUGCUAUCGACCGCAUGGUUUCAUUGCUGACCAAUGAAACCAGCUUGUUGAGAGAUGUUCAUUCAGAAGUUGCAAGCAUCACACAUGAACUAGAGGCCAUACAGUGUUUCCUCAAGGACGCAGAUAUGAAGGCAGAUCUAGAAUACUCCCAAGGAGAUCAUCAAACAACUAGAGAUGGUGUUAAAGCUUGGGUGAAGCAACUGACAGAAAUUGCAUUUCAGAUAGAAGAUGUCAUUGAUGAAUACACUUUCCACUUGGAGCAACAUCCAGGAGGCCGCAGUGCUCGUGGCUUCAUUGCUUCCCUCUGUAAAGUUGGUCGAUCCGUCAUCAAACUUAAACCACGCCACAAUAUUGCAUCUCGCAUACAAGAGAUCAAAAAAGCUGUUGUUGAAAUCAAGGAAAGAAGUGCAAGGUACGGCUUUGAUUCAAUUGAAAAAGGAACUACAAAUGCUGACAAUCCUUCUCAAUAUGUUUCAGGGUACGAUCCUCGGAAAGGAUCCAUGUACCUUGAGGAUGAUGAUGUUGUGGGGAUUGAGUCUCCAAGAGAUGAAUUGGUUGGUUGGUUGUUAAAUAAUGAUCAACAUACUCAACGAGCUGUGAUUUCAGUGGGGGGGAUGGGGGGACUGGGCAAGACAACUCUUGCCAGAAAGGUCUAUGAUUUAGUUAAAAAUGAUUUUGAUUGCCAUGCUUGGAUAGCAGUGUCUCAAUCAUACCAGAAGGAGGGACUAUUAAAGAAGAUCAUAAAGCAGUUUUGCAAAGGAAACAAGGAACCUGCUCCUCAAGGAAUUGACUCAAUGGAUGAAGAGGCACUGACAGAGAAAGUGAGACAAUAUUUGCAGAAAAAGAGGUACGCUGUUUUUUUCGAUGAUGUUUGGAAAGUAGGUUUUUGGGGUGAUAUAGAACAUGCUUUACUUGAUAAUAAAAUUGGUGGGAGGAUAGUGAUCACAACACGAAGUAAGGAGGUUGGAGACUUCUGCAAAAUUUCAUCCUCUGUUUAUGACCUUGAGCUUAAGCCCUUGGAUCCCGAAAAGGCUUAUGAACUAUUUUGCAAAAGGGCUUUUCGAGUUGAAUUUGGAGGACGUUGUCCCCCCAACUUAAAUGAUUUGUCAAGGAAAAUUGUCAAAAAAUGCGGUGGACUGCCACUUGCAAUUGUAGCCAUAGCUGGUCUUUUAUCCACAAAAGACAGGACCGUAUAUGAAUGGGAUAAAUUGCAUUCUAGCCUCAGUUCAGAGUUGGAGAGUAAUCCCCAUCUCACUAGCAUAACAAGAAUCUUAUUGCUCAGUUAUUAUGAUCUACCAUACUACCUCAAAUGUUGUUUCUUGUACUUUGGCAUGUAUCCAGAGGACUAUUCUAUCAAGCUUUCAAGGUUACUUCGGCAAUGGAUUGCAGAGGGUUUCAUAAAAUCGAAGAAAGAUAAAACAUUGGAAGGUGUUGCACAUCAAUACUUGUCUGAGCUAAUCCAUAGAAGUCUAGUUCAGAUAUCGGAUGUUCAUUUCUUGAGGGGAACUUGUAAAGCUUGCCGCGUCCAUGAUCUUCUACAUGAGGUUAUUCUAAAAAAAAUGGAGGACUUAAGUUUUUGUCGCGUUUUAUCUGUAAAUGAUCAAUCGACUUUAAGAGGAGAUCAACUAGUUACUCGGCGGCUAUCAAUCAGCAACAGUUCAAGUAUUAAUGUUCUCCACAACAUUGAUCAGAGUUUUCAAGUUCGCAGCAUUUUAAAUUUCAAAAGCAGUGAUAGAAUAUUUGCCGAUUCUAUUUUGAGCACACUCACAAAGAAUUUCAAACUUCUAAAAUUAUUAGAUUUUGAAGAUAGUGCGUUGGAUUACAUUCAUGAAGAUAUUGGCAACCUCUUCCAUUUAAGAUAUCUUAGUCUCCGUAACACAAAAGUGAAGAUGCUUCCAAAGUCCAUAGGGAAAUUGGUAAACCUUGAGACUUUGGAUAUAAGGGACUCAUUUGUAGUUGAGAUACCAGCUGAGAUCAAAAGGGUAAGUAAGCUCCGAUACCUUUUGGCAUACAGUAGAUACGAUUUCAAUAUUGAUAGCAUUCAAUUUAAUCUAUCUACUGUAAGAGGAAUGAAGGUACACGAAGGGAUAGGUUGCUUAGGAGCAUUGCAAAAGUGA